AUGGCCUUGAGACCCGAGGACCCCUCUGAUGGGUUCCAGCAUGGCAAUGUGGUGGCUUUCAUCAACGAGAAAAUAGCCAGACACACAAAAGGCCCUGAGUUCUACCUGGAGAAUAUAUCCCUGUCCUGGGCGGAGGUGGAAGACAAGCUCAGGGCCAUCCUGGAGAACAGCGCAGUGACCAGUGAGGCCAAGGAAGCCUGUGCCUGGGGUAGCCUGGCCCUGGGUGUGCGCUGUGCCCGCAGGCAGGGCCAGUUACACGCUUGCAGGCUGCAGUGGCUACAGGACUUCACCCAACUGCACAAAUCGGCCUUACACACCUUGGCCUUCAACAUGAAGCACGAAAUGGAAUGCAAAGAGGCAGCCUAUCGGCUGCAGCUGACCCUGGCCAAACUGGCUGAGGUUCAGAAAGAGAAGGAACUGCGGAGGUGGAAGCUUCUCUGGGCUAAAAUGUACACCUAUGGCAGGCAGAGGCAGGGACAUCUCAGAUCAGUAGAAACAGCUUAUUUUUCUGGGACUCUCAAGCCUAGGUCCACAGUCUCACAAGGAACAGACCCUCAAGAACCCCAAAGAAACAAGAGAGCCUUUGAGCCCCAACAGCUGAGAAGACCUCCAGCAUCUCACAGGCCCGGGGAUUGGAACUGCCUUUGGUGUAAUCUUGUGAAUUUUUCAGGGAGGGAAAUUUGCUACCACUGUGAGGAGAGGGGCAUCUGGUUACAGAACCCUUAA